GACUUGCACGGAGAACAUUUCCUUCUUACCAAGUGUUUACAAACAUGACGCACUCGUGCACGCAUCAUGAAGAACGGGUUGGUCGCAGGUCCUAGAAAAGAAACCGUAAAUAAUGUUAAUUUCUCCUGAAACAACUUGGAAAGUUCAACGUUACUUCAUCGUACCCGUUGCCACACAUUUAAUUUAGCGGAUGAUUUACUGUUUGCCUACGAUUGUUCAAUACACUUGGAGCGGCCAGCAGUGGGGAGCCUGUCAUCUAGUAGCUGAUGCUGUCACAUUGACGACGUCCUGCAACUGGCUGCGCGAAGGAGAAAGAAGCAGCGUACGUGCUUGUCAAACGCACAGCAAUAACGCAGACGAAACUGGUCCAAUCAAGGUAAGCUGUGUGUGCGCGUAGCGUUUGAUCCAGUUUGACGCAACGCAAGCCGCGGUGUGCAAUUUUCAACGCGAAAGGAUUUUGGUGAAGAAAAAGGUGAAGUACAGUUUUGAUUUGGAUUAACCUUCGUUAUUGCUUUGCAGUACAUUUUCCGAGUAAGUACAAAACACAACUAAUUGGUUUACUCACACACAAGAAAAGCACUCCGAAUUCGCAUGUGAGUUUAGGCGCACACGUCAAUCCGUCACCGGCAAAUGGAACAAGAACCAGUGGCAAUAACCUUCCCAAUUGACGUGUUUCUUUGUAUUUUAGGUUCUGCAACAAGUUUCUCACCUGUUCUUGCCGUUCUUAUCAGCACACUAUCGCCAACUAUUGCGUACCCCGAGGCCGGCCGGUGCGCGUGUUUUGGUGUUCACGCGAGUUCGUACCGCAACACAAUCGAGCAGCACAGCAAGCAGCCGGGGUUGUUGCCUCGCAGGUAAAAGAACGCAACAGAGAUGGAGGAGGAAUCUGUCCCGGAGCAGCAGCUUCUAGCGGAGGUGAAAGAUGAAUUUGGGCGGAAGCGAAUUUUCGGCCAGCAAGGCACGCUGCGCCUCAUCGAAUGUGUUCGCCAACGACCGAAACUGUGGCAUCGCCAGUAUCUGCGCAGUCGAGCGUCGGGCAUCGAUGAUUGGGAGGACAUUCAGCGUACGGAAUUCAGCACGAUCAGUGUGAAUCAGUUGCGCGUGCGCUGGAAAACACUGCGCGAUUGCUUCCGCCGGGAGGCUAAACGUAUAGAGGAUGGCACGAUCCCAGCAAUCCGCUGGCCACUGUACGACCACAUGCAGUUCCUGCACGGUCACUUUCGGCUGAAGAAGAGUAAAGCACGCAAAAACGGUGGAAAAACGGUAUGCCGGUCGGAACGUGUGUCUUCUCCGCUGCAAAACAAUCCCGAUAAGACUGAAGUCAAACAAUGGAUCAAGUUCGUACCGAUCGAGGAGGACUUCAAACACGACACAGGUCCCUCUGAACGUUCGAUCGAUGAACAGGACGUCAAGGAGGAGGAUGAUACAUCAAUUGAUGACGGUGAGGUUACUUACAAGAAUAAGUUUCGGCCGCGUUCCAGCAAAUCCGCUUCGAGCACCUCGACCGGUGGCGGCUGGGUGAAGCCUGAUGCAGAAAAUCCGGACUGCCGUUUUCUGAUGAGCCUGGCGCCAUUUUUAAACGAUCUGCCAGCGGAGGAAAAUUUGAAAAUUCGCAUCAAAAUGCUGCAACUGGUAGCGGCUGCAAACAGAAGCUCGGGCUCGGAGUCGUUUAUUAGGAAGGAACGUUCCUAAGGGUUUGGAUCAAGAGGUCAAGAGUAUUAGGAGGAGUGCAAUUCGAAACAUGGUAUGUGAUUUUGCUCAUACACUAAUAGAAAAUGUUUAGUAUUAUUACCGUUCAUCCAAGAUAGGUACAAUUUUCAGCUUAAAUAUUCAUCAUAUUAAGUAGUCGUACGAAAUUGAAUUACAAAUCUGGUAACAGGGGACAAGUAGGGCGGGAUGAUUGAAUUGAGUACAACAUCCAGCAAUAGAAGUAGAUUAAAGAGCGGCAGCGACAUUCUAAUCUUUACUUACAGGGCUUGCUGGGGUCAAUUCUUAGUUUGUAGUCAAUUCAAAGACUUCAGCUGGCUGUAAGCUCCGGCUAACACUAGGAAAAAAUAGCUCAAAUCGCAGGGUAAGAAGGACAUCAUUCCUAGGAGUUAAUUAUUGUACUUUAACAUCCCCAGCUCAUCUUUUGCUUUAAAUGUAGCUUCGUGCUUCAAGUGAAAUUACAAGCAGCUCCAUAUUAUAUUAUUAUUAAUGAGCAAAUGUAACGUUCCAACUAUUCUUUGAAUUUUUUGUAUAAAAUACUAACUCUAGAUUUAGGAUUUCCGCUCUAUUUUUAUCACUUCUUUUUCUCUCACUAGUUUUUUUCCCCUUAUCAAUGUAUUAUGCCGAUGAUUGACUGGUGUUUUUCACGUACCACACUCCUUCCCACCAUCCCAAAGGCUGGAUGGAUGGGGCCUCCCACAAUCAGAUUAGCUCCGAGUUUAACUUUUACCCAUAAUCACCUCAACGCAUGAUUAAGCUGAGGCCGCCUUAGGCCGGUCAUACAGUGGAACAAUUUCCCUUCCGUUUUUCUGGGAACUUGUUAGUGGGGCUGGUUUGGGCUUUUUCCUUCUUUCAUUCAAUUACACGCCAAUUCGCUGGGGCCGUUCAAUGCGCGUACCUCCACCAACCAUGUGGGAAGGAAGUGCGCGGGAUCGUGCGCCCGCAGCCACACAAAACCACCCAGUGGUAGGGUGGGCAGGUUGUGCCAAUCAUCGUAUCGAACAAGCCCCUGGGAGUGCGCGUUAGUGGUUCAGUGGACGCGACAAAAGAGACCCACCACACACACACACACACACACACAUCCCACUCGGGAAUCGCGGAGUGGAAAAAGCACGAAAACAGGACCUUGAUGUACGAUUAUUAUGAACCUUUUUUUUUGUUGGUGUGUUCCUCCCUGUGACCCUCACGCAUUUGUUCCCGUUUUCUUUCUUUUUUUUAUGGUUCCACACCGACCUUCCGGCGGGUGUCCCUUUUUCUCCGGGAUCACCGCGCACAACAAGCGGUACCAUAUGGUACCGAAAUUCAGAAAACAAAAACCACCACCGCAAACACCCCUUUUUGCCACAGUCCCCCAACCCUCCCGCGUUGGAUGGCAAAAGGUGUAGUGUCCCGGGUUUUCGACGCUGAGUCCUAUUUUGUGUAAGCCCCCGGGAACACGAAUUGGUACAAAUUGAGCUCGCGUCCACCUUGUUGUGAAGCUAACGCUCCUUCACUUCCCCUCCACCUAAUGGUGCGCCGGCAACAAAUUAGCCUGCGGGUGAGGUUGGCUUCCUUCGUUAACGGCACCAGCUAGCGACCGGUACCUUGAUGUGGGGGGAGGGGGAACAGUUCGUUAGAAUUCGUUAUCCGGCGAUCCGACCCGGGUAGCUUAUCGCUCGCGACUCUAUGGAGGGACGGAGCAAAUGCGGCAAAUACACGUGUCCCACUGGUGCAAGUUAGCUGCGGUACGGGUCGCCGGUGACCAAUCGCACACCGGUAGGGAUCUGUCUUUUGGGAAUGGUUUGUGCGUGUGUGUGUGCGUGCAAUCGAAGGUGAUAAAUAAUUUCCUAACAAGGUCCCUUUUGUCAUGGUUUGGAGGGGGGGAGUUGGAGCACUUUCGCUGGCGUCGUGUCCCUACGGCCAUUAAAAAAGGAACCGUUUCAGUGACAAGGUUAUAUUGAAUGGUUCAAAUUACGUUUAACGUGAAGUGAUCAAGCUUACAAAUUACAAAAAUGGAAUCUCUAAUUUCCAUCACAAUGGAUAAGGUGAAGGUGUAAGAUUAUUGUUCCAAAUAAGUUAUAGACUUUUAUUUUGAUUUUCCGCGUUUAUAUUUCAUAAAACAAGCUGUGCUAAAAAGCAACCGAGUUCGUCGACCGAGUCGAGUCAGUUACCGGAUCGGAAUAGGUACUAUACAUGUUACGGGUAGUUUCGUUUCCGGGUUCUAGUUCCGAUAUUUAGGUCCAUCACCAACACUGGAACAAAAACAGUUUAAAGAAACUGCGAAACAAAACUGUUUGGAUAGCUGAAAUCAACAAAUCAAUGAAAAUAAAUGUAGCAAAAAACAUUAUCAG